GAGCGCUGUGGUCCCUGCGUGGGUGUGUCCCGCCGCCGCCCGCGGCUAUAAGCGUUGCGGGCGGGCGGGCGCGCAGGUUGCGGCUCUCACUCUCGCAGCCAUGCCGCCGAAGAAGUACGUGGCCGCGGGCAAGAAGCGCAGCGCCGACUCCGGUGUGGAGACAGAGCGGGGCGCGCUGACCCAGGAGCAGAAGGACCAACGGAUCAGCCUCUUCCUCAGGGGCUUCAACCAGCAGGCCAAAGAGAAUCUUCAAGAAAUGAAGAAAGAAAUUGAUUCACUUUUGCAAACAGCUGAGAAAACAUUUAGAGUGGAGUUACUGAAGAUGCCAGUUGCUGUCAGAAAAAUGAAGAGAAAAGACUUGCUUAACCUGCAAGGAGGAGAGGAAGCUGCUGUUGUUGCUGCCGCUGUUGUAGCAAAUGACUGCUCUGUAGAGGACAUUCCAAAUACCAGGCUGGUGAGGAAUUGCAGCAAAAGAGUUAAGGUAACUACAAUUGUUGAAUAUAAAGAUGAGGAGACUCUGCCUGCCAGGAAAGCAUCUCAAAAGGUGUCUAAAACAAAAUCACUGGUUUCUUUAGCUUCUGGCACACAUCUCAAAGAAAACCAAUCUCUUUGUAGAUCUGCAUGCUCUACUCCAAAUGUGAGGCAUUUUAAGGCUCUUACAUCUGAUCGCACAGCUGGAAACUAUAAAUCUGCUCCACGUGUUUCUAGAAGACUACCACAAAUGGCUGUCUCAAGAACUGUACCUAUGAGAGAGAAAGUCCAAGCCAUGUCACUAAGAAGUAACUCAGUGCCUCGGGAAAAAGCUGUUCCAUUUGUUAAUAUACCUCUGGCUGAUGGAAAGACUCUCUGUUCUGCUGGUGAAGACCUCCAUAACAUCAAUGUCGAGUUGCUUAAUGAUGACACAGUUCAGCAUAUUCAUAAUCUAGUGAGCCAGUUGACUGUUUUAUGUGGAAAAGCAACAGUUAAACCAAGUUAAUGGAGUCUACGUGCAUAUGUUGUGUUCUCUCAGUUGUGUAUUAUAUAAAUAUUCUGUGCAAUUAUUACUUGUCUGUUUUAAAUGUUUACAUAGAGCUUAAUACUUUUUUAAAUAAAGUUUUAUACUGCAUAUUUAACUUUCUAUGUAUAGAAAGACUUAAUGAUCAUAUUGCUGUAAAAUGUGUCUUUACAAGCUCAAAGCCACAUUACCAGUUGCUUCCUUAACUGAAAGAUAAGACUGCUUCCUAUUCAUGUUAGUUUAAUGAAGGGACAACUUAGUAUCCUUUCCAGAUUGCUCAUCUCUAUUUUUGACCUCCUGUGCUCAGUAAAUUAUACAUUGGAAUAAACAGUAAAAUACA